CCAAUCACUAAUGUCAAAAAUAAUUUAUGGAAACACUUAUGUUAUUGGCGUAAAGAUAAAAUAGGAUGUUAAAAAUAUAAAAUAUUUCUUAUAACAAUAAUUAAUGUAAAUUUUAGGGCUUAGAUGUACGUUAAUUAUAACUUUACAGUUGGCUGUUCAUGCAAUUUUACUUGAAUGACAUGGAAGAGGAACAAUGUUUACAUGAAUGUGAAAAUUAUAUUCAGAGUCAUAACAUUCAAUUACUAAUUAAAGAUUGCAUUGUACAAUUAUGUGUAAACAAACCCGAAAAUCCUGUAUCAUUUCUAAGACAAUAUUUCCAAAAAUUAGAAAGAGAGCAAGCAAAAGCUGCUGCGGCUGCUGCAGCAACAUCAGAAGGUGAAGCAGAUGGAGAGCUCUCACCAUUACCAGUAUUAGGAGGGCAGUUACCCAGGCGACGAGGGGGCAUUAGUGCUGAACCAGUCACAGAGGAGGAUGCUACUAGUUAUGUUAAAAAGGUGGUGCCAAAAGAUUAUAAAACGAUGGGCGCUUUAUCUCGUGCUAUAGCCUCAAAUGUAUUAUUUACCCAUCUGGAUGAAUCGGAGCGCGCAGAUAUGUUCGAUGCAAUGUUCCCCGUGCAAUGUCUUCCUGGAGAGACUGUCAUCCGCCAGGGAGAUGAAGGCGACAACUUUUAUAUUAUAGAUUCGGGAGAAGUUGAGGUGCUCGUAAAUGGUGAGCCGGUGACCACGAUUGGUGAAGGCGGCAGUUUCGGUGAGUUGGCGCUGAUCUAUGGAACGCCGCGUGCUGCUACGGUGCGCGCGCGCACCUCUCUCAAACUGUGGGGGCUCGACCGCGACUCUUACCGACGCAUACUCAUGGGAUCCACGAUUAGGAAGCGACGCAUGUACGACGAGUUCUUAUCUCGAGUUUCGAUAUUAGAAAGUUUAGAAAAAUGGGAAAGAUUGACUGUUGCCGAUGCACUAGAACCAGUAUCAUUUUCUGAUGGAGAAACCAUAGUACGCCAAGGGGAGCCUGGGAAUGAUUUUUAUAUCAUUGUUGAAGGUACUGCAGUAGUUUUGCAACAACGUAGUGGACAGGGAGAGGAAGCCGCCGUUGAAGUCGGCAGACUCGGGCCGUCGGACUACUUCGGGGAAAUAGCGUUGUUACUGGACCGGCCGCGCGCCGCCACCGUCCGCGCCGCCGGCCCGCUCAAGUGCGUCAAGCUCGACCGCGCCAGGUUUGAGAGAGUGCUGGGACUUUGUGCCGAUAUUUUAAAACGCAAUAUUGCAAAAUACAAUUGUUUUGUUUCAAUUUCUGUCUAGAUUGAUUUUAACGUGUUUGACGUUAUGUACUUUUCAUCUAGCGUCUAGAUUCUAGAGCUUGCCAUGCGAGGCAUUCGGAUUAUUUUUUGUGUUGUAGAAUAACAAUAGCAAUUGUUGAUGUGUUGAUGUUCAUGAGUACAGUUUGUCAUUUUAUGUUUUUAAAAUAACAAUGUUUCGUACAAUAAACUUAGAGUUAUAAUUCCCUUUACAGAAUAUUUUUCCGUCGCAAUACAAUGUUUUUAAUAAGAGAUGCUGUAUCGUGUAUGCCUGUACAUAGUGUUGGCUAUUAUUUAAAUGACUAUAGUCUCAUUUAUACAGUUAUUGCAAUAUGAAUAUCACCGUUUGAUUUGAAAUAAAUAUUCUAACAGUAUUUAUGUAUUGCAUCGGCAGGUAUUGUCGCAUCACUUGGCCCGCAAAUAUUUAUUUAACUAAUCACUGCCCAUACUAGGUAAUUAUUACGUUUUCGGAUGUAGAUAAAAUCUGUGUGGGAAUAGUUACCAUGUCGUUGGAGACGAUGAUAUAAAAAUAUCACAAAAA